AUGACUCUUAUCUCACCACCACCUCCACCAAUUCGCAGGAGCUCCUUGGUCAAGCCAGUCGAAUAUUUUUAUUUGACCAUCGAGCAACGUCUCACACUAAAGAAGGCUCGUGUCGUCCUCAACGCUGUGGUGGAUUCGAUGAAGAAAAACCCAUCGAUGGACCUGAAAGCUGAACGAAUCAUCAAGAAGGCUCGAGACAUUCAUGCACUGGUCAAUACUAUCCUUGAGAGCGACCAUCACAUGUUUUUCAAGAUCAAGGAGCAGGAAUUCAAGGAUGGAUUGCAAAGUCUUCGCGAUGACAUGAAGAAAGCAUUUUUCUGA